AUGCCAACUCUUGCUCAACUUGUUAGACGUAAACAAGAACGUCGAUUAAAGAAUGAAGAGAAAAAAACGCCGGCUUUACAAAAUGCCCCUCAAAAAAGAGGUGUAUGUCUUAGAGUAUAUACAAAAGCACCAAAAAAACCAAACUCGGCAGUUCGAAAGUUAGCUAAGGUAAGGCUUUCUAAUGGUUUUGAAAUUAUCGCCUACAUCCCAGGAGAAGGACAUAAUCUUCAAGAACAUUCAGUUGUUCUUUUAAGAGGUGGCCGAACUAAAGACUUACCUGGGGUAAAAUAUAAGAUCAUCCGUGGUGCAUACGAUGCUCAAGGCGUUAAAAACCGUCGACAAGCUCGAUCAAAAUAUGGUACAAAAAAAGCAAAAUAA